AUGGCCGCCAGAAGAGGACGUUUCUCCCGCAAAGAAGUAAUUGAACAAGUUUUGGUGGAGAGUGUAGAAACCGAGGAAGAUGACGGCCCUGAAGUUAGUUUAAAUGACAUUUUGGAGACAUUGAUAAGCAAUUUUACUGCUCUUCGGUGCUCUAUUUCGAAUUACACCCAUUUUAGGGAGGAAGCUCGUCAGCUAAUGCGAGCUAUAAAAGCGUUCAAUGUCGGAUCUACUUGUGUAUGNUAAAUGACAUUUUGGAGACAUUGAUAAGCAAUUUUACUGCUCUUCGGUGCUCUAUUUCGAAUUACACCCAUUUUAGGGAGGAAGCUCGUCAGCUAAUGCGAGCUAUAAAAGCGUUCAAUGUCGGAUCUACUUGUGUAUGUCAACGAGACCGUUUCUUGUUCCGUAAUCUUCGAUUCUUCGGAAGUCACUUUAGAAACGUUUCGCCACGAAACAUUAGACGCACAAGUCGAUGAUGUUCUGAAUUUUCCAUACAAGUUUAAUAGAAUGGUCAACAACAAACAUAUAGUUGUGAGUCUUAAACAAGAGAGGAUCCUUAAGUUAAAGCAAUGCAUUGAAGAAUCAGACGAAGGUGAAAGUGCUGUUCACUUGGUUUGCGAAGAUACAAACACCAAGGUCGCAGAAAAGCCCAGUGUCCAGGAACCAAGUACUUAA